GUGCAACACCAGAAAACCAUCGCUAAAGUCCCCAAAAGUGAACUGAGAUACAAACCUCGCAAUCGGAGCCCAUAAGCAACCUACGAACCUCAAUCCCCCGCCCAUCUACAAACCAUCUACGAAUUGCCCAGAAACAGCCAUUAACAUGCCCGCCCCGACAGCCCUGCUCAAGCAGGUAGACGAUACCCCCCAAUCCAACCUCCCUCUUCCCGAGCCAGACCAAGACGAGGAUUUCACAUUGGAAGGCAUGAACGAGCUGCCCGAAGACGCCAACGCAAUCCUCCAACCGGUACGGACAGCAGGAGAAGAAAGCAUGGAGAUCGAUGAGGAGGACAAGCCGCACUUUGCGCCCGUAAAAAACACAGACCCCACAACAACACACAUCCAAACGCGCAAAGUCGGCAUCCCGCCGCACCGGUUCACGCCCCUCAAGAGCGCCUGGCCCAAGAUCUACCCCCCGCUCGUCGAGCACCUGAAGCUGCAGGUGCGCAUGAACGUCAAGCACAAGCGCGUCGAGCUGCGCACCUCGCGCCACACCACGGACGCCGGCGCGCUGCAGAAAGGCGAGGACUUCGUGCGCGCCUUCGCGCUCGGCUUCGACGUCGACGACGCCAUCGCCCUCCUCCGCCUCGACGACCUCUACAUCGAGACCUUCGAGGUCAAGGACGUCAAGACCCUUACCGGCGACCAUCUGGCGCGCGCUAUCGGCCGGAUCGCGGGUAAGGACGGCAAGACGAAGUUCGCUAUUGAGAAUGCGUCGCGCACGAGAGUCGUGCUGGCUGAUUCUAAGAUCCAUAUUCUAGGAGGAUUUAAGAACAUCCACAUAGCCCGUGAAUCUAUAGUCAGUCUAAUAUUGGGUAAGCCUCCCGGCAAGGUGUACAACAAUCUACGCACCGUAUCCGCGAGGAUGAAGGAGAGGUUUUAAUUUCGGGUGGAUUUUGCAUCUCAUGGGACGGCGUUCUGGUCUGGAAUCAAAGCAGGUUUUAUUUGUACUUCGUAGAUUAUGAGACAUGAGAAAAGUGUCUCUUAGUAGAGCCACUAAGCCUCUAAGAAAUAUCAUAGGUA